AUGGAAAGUCUUCGUACUAUAUCUUAUAACAUUAUUCAUGGAGGAGAAAUUCAUGAGCCUAUUAUUCCUUCUAGAAAAAUUCGUCAGGGGGAUCCUAUCUCGCCAUAUCUCUUUAUAAUUUGUGCAGAAGAUGAUAGUUUCCUCUACUUUAAAGCUACAAGGGAGGAGGCGCAGGGAGUUCUAGAGUUGCUUAAUAAGCUUGAAAAGGCUUCAGGGCAAAAGGUGAAUUUGAGUAAGUUUUCUAUUUUCUUUAGCUCGAAUACGGAUGAGGGAGUUUGUCAUAGAAUUCUGUCUACUCUUCACAUGAGAGCUGCAGAUGAUCACAUUUUUUAUCUUGGUUUUCCGAGUGUAAUUGGAAGAAAUAAGAAUGUGACGUUUGGUUUUUUGAAGGAGAAAGUUAGGAAGCGCAUUAAGAACUGGGAUAGUAAGUUACUUUUGAGAGCGGGCAAGGAAGUUUUAUUGAAAUCUGUCAUCCAAUCUUUGCCUUCUUCAACUAUGAGUGUCUUUUUAAUCCCUUUGGAAAUUUGCAAAGCUAUUGAUCGUCUUAUGGGGAGAUUCUGA